AAGUUUUCUUUAACACAAAAACACACAAAAAUAAAACCUUUUUUUUAAUUUAUUCAAAGUUCUUUUGUUCCCUUGGAUGCGAUAAGUAUAACAUUUACGUUCCCCUUUUCAUUUCUUCAAACCUUUUGGAAUUCAAAUAAUCGGUUUUGAAGAGAAAAAAAAAGGAUGUGGAUUUUUGGGAGAAAAGGAGCAUCUGGGUUUUCAGCAUCUUCAACAGCUGAAGAUGUCACUAAAGGAAUUGAUGCAACUGGUCUCACCGCCAUUGUUACAGGAGCUUCGAGUGGUAUCGGCUUUGAAACGACUCGCGUUCUAGCGUUGCACGGUGUACAUGUAGUUAUGGCGGUAAGAAAUAUCGAAAGCGGUCAAAAGGUUAAAGAAAAUAUAGUUAGUGAAAUCCCUAAUGCUAAAGUUGAUGUAAUGGAGUUGGAUCUUAGCUCUCUGGCAUCUGUAAGAAAAUUUGCAGCCGAAUUCGUUUCGUCAAACCUACCUUUGAAUAUCCUCAUUAACAAUGCAGGGGUUAUGGCUCCGCCAUUCACGCUUUCGAAAGACAAGAUCGAACUACAAUUUGCAACGAACCAUUUAGGUCAUUUUCUUUUGACAGAGCUUUUACUUGAGACCAUGAAGCGUACGUCUCGAGAACAGAAUAAAGAAGGAAGAAUAGUCAACGUGUCCUCAGAAGCUCAUCGGUUUGCAUACAAAGGAAUUUUUUUUGAUCAGUUAAACGAUGAAUCGAGUUACAACCCGAUAUAUGCAUAUGGACAGUCGAAGCUUGCCAACAUACUGCAUGCGAAAGAACUAACCAAACACUUCAAGGAAAAUGGGGUGAAUUUAACUGCAAAUGUUCUUCAUCCUGGAUCAAUUCAAACGAAUCUUCUACGUUACCACAACAUUAUCAAUGGUGUGGUUGAUUGGAUUGGCAAAUACUUCCUCAAAAACAUUCCACAGGGGGCAGCAACUACAUGCUAUGUCGCGUUGCACCCGCAAGUUGAAGGGGUUAGUGGUGAGUAUUUCAUGGACAGUAACAUAGCCCAACCGAAUUCGUAUGCCAAGAAUGCAGGGCUGGCUAAAGAACUUUGGGAUAUUAGCUUGACCAUGGUGGCUCCAUAUCAUUGAACAACACCGGUUUACUAUAUCACUAGGUUAGAAUGAGAGUAUAGUUCUUGUUAAAUGUAUGUGGUCUGUUUUUGUGAGCAUGUGUUGACCAAUUUGACUUGUGUUUUUGCUGCUUGAAUCUGGAUGAUGUCUAAAGUGUAUGUCUUAAAUAUGCCAUUUUAAUGACGACGGUGAGAUUUUUGUGUAUUCCAA